AUGUUUAUGCAAGUACGGGAAAGAAGAGUGUACGGUGAAAGAAGAGUAUUGACUAAGUGCAAGGAGCUGAUGCGGUUUGAAAAUAUCAGAGGAGAAAGCGAAUCAUUGACGAUAAAUGCUUUCAGUGUCAGUGAACUGAUUGAAAAGAAUGGAUACAACGAGAUUGGCAGUAUCUGCGACAAGUUUUGUUGUCGGAGUGGUGGCAGCGCUGCUGGUGAGGGUAGGGCUGCGAGGAGGGUUUGUGAAGGCAUUGACUACAGGAAGCUCAUGGAGGGAUAUGAAAAUGGUAAUGGUGGUGCGCUCAGACCUGGCCGAUUGGCAGAAAACAAGGCUGCAGCUCAAUGUGCUCAUGCUGCCAUCAACUGUUACAAGAGAGCACUGACUGAUGCACCAAAAGAUCUGCGCCGUUGGGAGACCCAGGGCCAAACCAAGGUGGUGGUAAAGGUAUCCGGGGAGGCGGAGCUAAUGGAGGUGGCAGAGAAUGCUCAAGCUGAGGGGCUGGUUGCAGUGGUCAUCCACGACUCGGACUCUGCCAUAGUACUGGGUAUUGGCCCAGGACCUACCGCUCUUGUGGACAAAGUUGCUGGCCACCUCAGGCUCUAUUAG